AGUCAGCAACCAGUAGAAAUCAGCGACUGAUUUUGUUUAUGCUUAGGUUUCUAUAAUAAUUACCUAUAAGUUCCGCUUUCGUCGUUUGAUGCAGGUCGACUACUCCAGGCAUAUGUACUCCAGGCACACUCCAGGAAUGUAAACAGAACACUCGAUCCGGAAGUGGACGGAAGUAGAUGCAUUAAUUGCUGGAAGUAUAGAUACAAGAAUUAAAGCAAAUUCUAUGAUUUGCUUUUCGUGUUAAGUUUGUUCGCCUGGUAGAGGACCGAAGAUGUUUUGGUUAUGGCAUCGCUGGAUAGUUUCAUGUGGUAUAUCAUUACUGGUUGUUAAAGGUUUUUUCCUUAGGCAUCCUCAAUCAAGGAAGUGUAUUGCAGCAAAAACACCCACCUUCCGAAGUGAUAAUUACGGGAGCCGUUAUUGGAUCGAAAUGGUCACCAACUGCUUGAGUGAUACCGCGCUGUUCCGUUAUGACGAUAACAAACUGUUGCAUAAUAUUGAGACGGAGGGGAACGUCGUGUCUGAUUAUGGUUCUUACAAUAAUCGUUUGUUUAUAUAUGACGGCAAUAAUAAGGCUGGAAGAGAUUGGGCGAACAGUACGAAACAUAGUAUAAAACAAACAGUUGGUAGAUCUUUAUUUUUAUACAAAGAGCGUCUUUGUGUUCAGCCUAGUGUGAAGUAUGUUGACGUGAAAAAUGCCUCGUGUAGAGGCACAGAUAUGGAAAGGUUUACAUAUGGUUCGGUGACACAGUACGGGGGCAGAAUGAAAGAUGUUCAUUGUUCUCCAAUACAACGUAUGAUGAUCCACAAAGCUCAUUAUGGUGAUUUCAAUAAUGGCGGGACAUUUUAUGUCAAUGCGACUAUUGAUAAGUAUUCUAGUCUACUGACAAGUUGUAGGGUGAAAUCUCUUUGUGGUGGAAACAGAUCUUGUGAACUGACCAUUGACAAUAAUUUACUGUUAUCACAAUAUUGUCCUGAUACUACAAAAGAACUUUACAUCGAGUAUACUUGUGUGGAUAACUACAUCAACCGCAUAAGGACAGCGUCCAAUCUAAGACUGUCAAAGUCAGCUAACGAAGGUUUCCUUGAAGUGCAAAAUGGCAGAACCUGGAGAAAGGUUAAUGAGGAGAAUUGGGAUAAAAAUCAUCAAAGAAUGCUAUGUAAACACUUGGGUUUUGGCGAAACAGGCGUCAAUGCUGUAAAAAAAGUGGAAAUAGGUGCAAAUGAGAAGAUUGGAACUGGCGACUUGGUGUGUUAUAGUAACACAAGAUCAAGUGAAACAUCCUGCUGUGCUCACCUUGUUCCCUCUACAACUACUUCUAAUAUGAAUAUAUCGUAUGUUGAGUGUAAGUUUUGUAAUAAAACUGCGUUAUUCCAAGACCAAACUGCUUUCCCAGACUCCGUCUUUUCUGGCAACGGCUCUACUCGUUACAGUAAUGCAAGAUUUACCAAAGAUGGUUGGUGUACUCAGGCAUCACAAACCAAGUGUCUUUUGAUUGAUCUUCAAAGAGAGUAUCACAUUACACAAGUUGUGACAAUGGGUAACAAAGAUCAGACAAAAUGGAUUGAGCGAUAUACAAUGGCAUACAGUCACGAUGAAAGUUAUACUAAUGAAAUACAGAUGACAGGAAACAAGAAUGGCUACCAAGCAUCGAGAACGCGUCUUGAUAUUUACAACGUGAAACAUAUCAAGAUACAAUCAACAGGGAAAAAUGAUUUCUGUCUGAGGAUAGAACUUUGUGGAGAAGUCCAAUCGCCUGCUCCUGUUUACGAUUUUCAAGUUGUGUCAACAUACAACUCGGCUGAGUUGACUUGGAAGAUACGCACUGAACCAAAGGACUCCAGUUAUAUUACACACUACAAUAUUUCCAUCGACCAAAAACAUUCACAAAGAAUAUCGCGGGAGACAUAUGGUACUAAAUUUACCAUCUCUUUUCUUCAACCGAGCACUACCUAUAGUGUUCAGAUUAAUACAGAAGAUAGUUCUGGACAGAAAAGUGAAAAGGUUUAUAAAAAUUUCACGACCAAAGAGCCAGAACCAGCUAAUCCAAUCGCGUCCUCUCAUUAUACUAUGACUUUGCACAUUCCAAAACCAGACGAGAGUAUUAAAGAAGUCAUGAUCAUCGUCCAAAACUCCAAGAGCGGUCCAGUCUCAAGCAAAAUCAUUAAAACAAGUGAUCUAACAAAAUAUCGGUCCAACACACAAGACCCUUACAUCACUGGUUAUUUGAAAGCUGACGUUUUACCUUUGACGUUCGUAAUCGGAGAUGGAAAGAUUUAUGGUUCUGAAAAUGAAAACUAUCCGAACAAACCUUUAACGGCAAAUUCAAAUUAUUUCGUGUUCUUGAGGUUUUUCAAAAGUCAGAAUUCAUACUAUUCGACUGAAUGGAGUGAUAGUAUUUCCACUAUGGCAAAACCUUCAGAUGAAAAUGUGAUUAAUAGAAGACAGUCAGAAACGUCUAGAGAAGACAAGUUCCGUAUGGAUCUUCUCAUACCACUCUUUGCAUUGGCAUUUUGUCUUCUGGUCGCACUUGGAGUAAUCGUAUAUCAACGUCGUCUUCUUCAAAAGCAGAAAAAAUUGGCAGACCGUGAUCGUCCUCGUUCCGAAGGUGCUGGUCAAGAAAUAGAGCUUGAUUAUGUUGAUAAGUCUGCCAAAUGCAACGAAUUUGCAAAUGACGAAGGCAGCUUUGACGACGAAGGUUCGUACGUAAUAGAGGAAGAUGUGACGGUACACGAGACAGCCACAGAGCAGGAAUACACGACUUUGAGGGACAACCAAGAUCUGGCAAGCGUUUAUCAAGCACUGGACGAUCCCGAAGCCGACGAUGGUCAAUACUAUACAGAGAUGGACAAUGAAUCGGUGGAAUAUGUAAAUGCUGUCUUCAAUUAA